AAACGCGGACUGGCACUUCCUCCUGAAAAAUUACAGGACGUGAGCAUGUUUGAUUGGCUUUAAUCUGUACCGUCUCAUGCUAUUUCUACAGUGUUUAUAUCUAUAUAAAUUACAGCUGCAACAGUCAAAAUAAACUGGCUUUAAUCCGAAGCGUUUCCUUCGUACACACGGGUACCAAACAAUUUCACGAGGAACUGAAUACGAGCUAGCCGUAGCCCAGAGCUGAAAACAGAGGAGGGGGGAUGGAGCCCCGACGACAAAGUGGUCGCACGUCACCAGAAAACUACGCUUGCAUCCAGCCCGGCCGAACUCCGCCACCAGUUGCCAACCAAACCGAGCACACUUUCAAUAAUCGAGCUGUCGAAUCCGGCAGCCAUUUCCCCUCCCCGUAAUUUUCCUUCACCUUUCCAACUUCUUUUCCCCCAUGGACCCCUGCUCUAUUCUUUUCGCCUCUGUCACCCCGCCCGUUGCGCUCGGAAAUCUGCAGCCUCGCCCUCGCGUACACACAACACGACACCUCCCCGGCCGCCUGUGUCCAGCGUUCACGAAUCUGCUGAGACAAAAUUUGGAAAGGUACGACAGAGAUUUGAACCGUGUUUGAAGCUGAAGGUCUACGCCCGUCGACCGGUUUGUCGCCGAGUGAGUGUAAUGCGUUCAGAACAGUCGCCGCGCCCUGCGCCGCCGGAAACGAAGACGCCGUAGAGAGCUGGGAGCGACUGGGACAGCCGCACAGGGCCGUGAGGCGUGACGGUGCAGCGUGUGCGUGUGGGAGACGAGUCAACGCGGCAACGGCACAGCGGGAGCGGUUGAGUUCAAACCGAACCCGCCAUCUCGUGCCGAGCAACUCCGCUCCACGCCAACUAAACUCCCCGACACGAGAGAUCACUGUUUUACCCGGAGUAGAGUGGAAUGCGAGUAUGCGACGAGGAGGAAAGGAAAUCGCCAGGAAUUCUUCGCUCCCGCCAACCGUUUUAGUAGCCAUACCCAUACCCUCCGACGUCCGACCCGCCCGCCCCUUAGCCACCCGGAGCGCCAUUCGCACCCCCUGCCCGUGUGGCUCCGCUCCGCUCUGCUGUGCUGCCUGCGCGGCGCGAUCGGCCUCGACCCGCUGGGUCUGGGUGAGAGAGUAAAAUGGGCAACCUGGUCUCGGGUGCCGCGGCGGCGAGCGGCGGCGGCGGGAAGCUGGUGAUGGCGGACGGCAGCGUGCGGGCGCUCAGCGAGCCGGUGUCCGUGGCGGAGCUCAUGAUGGACCACCCGCGCCACUUCGUCGUCGACGCGCGCGUGCUCAAGGCGCUGGCCCGGCGGGAGCGCCAUCAUCAUCAGCAGCAGCAGCAGGGCGGCGGGGCCAAGGUCGCGCCGCUGCCGGCCGACCACGUGCUCGGCGCCGGCGGGGUGUACGUCCUGCUGCCGGCCACGCGGGGCAAGGUGUCGGCCGAGGAGGCGCGCCGCGCGCUGUCGGCGGCGCGGUCCCGAUCGAUGCGGGGCCUCAGGCGCCAGCUGUCGUCGUCCAAGAAGAGCCAGCAGGCGGAGGCAGCUGCCGCCCAAGAGUCGCCGCAGCAGGAGGCGACCGCUGAGUCCUCCCCUGAGGACGAGGACGACGCGGAGGCGGCGGCGAGGCCGGAAGGGUUCGAGGAGCACCGCCUGGCGUUCCUGAGCCGGGAGCUGUCGUGCAAGGGGUGGAAGCCCAGCCUGCGGACCAUCGAGGAGCGCGAUCUGCCCAAGAAGACGCCCCCCCAAUUGGCUCUUCUUCUGGUAAAGCUCCAUUGCCUCCUCUGAUCCGUGAGCCGAUCGAGAAGGUGUCGGCCGAGGAAUCGUCUUUGUUGUUUUUUUUCUUCUAUUCUUCCUUGUCAAAAUCAGAUGUGGUUGAAGACGUUGAACCCGUCGUAAGACCAACAUGUUUGUAUUUAGGAAAACACCAAAAAAAACCCUUGCAAAUUAGGGGUUGUCAACUACCCACCUGCAUCUUUUUUUUUGUGUCAAAUUCCUCCCUCUAAGUUCAGAAGGUUGUAAUCUUAUACUAUCCGGCAAACAACACGUCGUUAUUUUUUACGGCUCGAUUAAAAAUGUA